GGCACCUCUAUGAUCACUGGAGUCUCGCGGGUCCCUCCGGCUGCACAGGGACAAGCAAAGGCUGCAUCCAGAUGCCGGGAAUACACUGACGCCCGUUCCUGGAAGCUGGGCUCCCACUCAGCCCCUGGGAGCAGCAGCUGCCAACCCCUCGGAACCUCCAUCUCCACCCUGCUGAGCCACCCGGGUUGGGCCAGGAUCCCGGCAGGCUGAUCCUGUCCUCCACUGAGACCUGAAAAAUGGCUUCGGGGCAAGGCCCAGGUCCUCCCAGGCAGGAGUGCGGAGAGCCUGCCCUGCCCUCUGCUUCUGAGGAGCAGGUAGCCCGGGACACAGAGGAGGUUUUCCGCAGCAACGUUUUUUACCGCCAUCAGCAGGAACAGGAGGCUGAAGGGGCGGCUGCCCCUGCCGACCCAGAGAUGGUCACCUUACCUCUGCAACCUAGCAGGACCCUCACCAUGGGGCAGGUGGGACGGCAGCUCGCCAUCAUCGGGGACGACAUCAACCGACGCUAUGACUCAGAGUUCCAGACCAUGUUACAGCACCUGCAGCCCACGGCAGAGAAUGCCUGUGAGUACUUCACCAAGAUUGCCUCCAGCCUUUUUGAGAGUGGCAUCAAUUGGGGCCGUGUGGUGGCUCUUCUGGGCUUCGGCUACUGUCUGGCCCUACACGUCUACCAGCGCGGCCUGACUGGCUUCCUGGGCCAGGUGACGCGCUUCGUGGUCGACUUCAUGCUGCAUCACUGCAUUGCCCUGUGGAUUGCACAGAGGGGUGGCUGGGUGACAGCCCUGAACUUGGGCAAUGGUCCCAUCCUGAACGUGCUGGUGGUUCUGGGUGUGGUUCUGUUGGGCCAGUUUGUGGUACGAAGAUUCUUCAAAUCAUGACUCCCAAGGGUGCCCUUUGGGGUCCCAGUUCAGACCCCUGCCUGGACUUAAGCGAAGUCUUUGCCUUCUCUGCUCCCUUGCAGGGGUCCCCCCUCAAGAGUACAGAAGCUUUAGCAAGUGUGCACUCCAGCUUCGGAGGGCCCCUGCGUGGUGGCCAGUCAGGCUGCAGAGGCACCUCAACAUUGCAUGGUGCUAGUGGGCCCUCUCUCUGGGCCCAGGGGCUGUGGCCGUCUCCUCCCUCGGCUCUCUGGGACCUCCUUAGCCCUGUCUGCUAGGCGCUGGGGAGACUGAUGACUUGGGGAGGCAAGAGACUGGGAGCCACUUCUCCCCAGAAAGUGUUUAACGGUUUUAGCUUUUUAUAAUACCCUUGUGAGAGCCCAUUCCCACCAUUCUACCUGAGGCCAGGACGUCUGGGGUGUGGGGGUUGAUGGGUCUAUGUUCCCCAGGAUUUAGCUAUUCUGGAAGAUCAGCACCCUAAGAGAUGGGACUAGGACCUGAGCCUGGUCCUGGCCCUCCCUAAGCAUCAUGUGUCCCAGGAGCAGGACCUACUAGGAGAGGG